GUUUAUUGUUCUCGCCGCCGUCGCCGCGUUCCGGCUUUCCCGGCGCCUGCGGGGACCGCGGCGGGACGGAGCGAGGGAGGGCGGACAGCAGGACCGAGCGAGCAGAGCCCCUCCGCCAGCGGCGGCGCGGGGGCGGAGGUAGGAGGGAGCGAGCGGGCGGAGGCGCCGCCCGGGGGCCGUUAACCCGUUUCCGCCUCUCCGCAGCGCGAGCCCGGGCGGCGAGCGCGCGCGUCACGCCGGAGCGAAAGCGGGACAGCCCGGGAGCGGCAGCCCGGGAGCGGCCAUGGCCUACGCGUACCUCUUCAAGUACAUCAUCAUCGGAGACACAGGUGUUGGGAAAUCAUGUUUAUUGUUACAGUUCACAGACAAGCGGUUUCAACCAGUCCACGAUCUCACUAUUGGUGUAGAAUUUGGGGCUCGAAUGAUAACUAUUGAUGGAAAACAGAUAAAGCUUCAGAUAUGGGAUACGGCAGGGCAGGAGUCCUUCCGUUCCAUCACAAGAUCAUACUACAGAGGGGCUGCAGGGGCUUUGCUAGUGUAUGACAUUACAAGGAGGGACACUUUCAACCACUUGACAACUUGGUUAGAAGAUGCUCGCCAGCAUUCCAAUUCCAACAUGGUUAUAAUGCUUAUUGGAAACAAAAGUGAUUUAGAAUCUAGACGAGAAGUUAAGAAAGAGGAGGGUGAAGCAUUUGCACGAGAACAUGGACUUAUCUUUAUGGAGACAUCUGCCAAAACUGCUUCCAAUGUAGAGGAGGCAUUUAUUAACACUGCAAAGGAGAUCUACGAGAAAAUCCAGGAAGGCGUUUUUGACAUUAAUAAUGAGGCAAAUGGCAUAAAAAUUGGCCCUCAACAUGCUGCCACCAACGCAACACUUGCAGGCAAUCAGGGAGGACAACAAGCUGGAGGAGGCUGCUGUUGAGCCUGUUUUUACUUUCUAGCUGCCUGGAUGAGGCCUACUUACUUGUUUGUUCACCCUUCCCUCCCCCUGCCCCGCUCGCCUCCACUUCAGUUCAACUGAGACAUGAAACUUGUAAGUUGGUUUCCUGUUGCAGAAGACUUUAUCCCUCAAAUUCUUGUAUAACUUUGAAUAAAUGGUUAAUGUUCACUUAAAGACAGAUUUUGGAGAUUGUAUUCAUAUCUAUUUACAUUUGAUUUCUAGGUCAAUUGAUGUGAUUAUUUUUGUUAAAUGUUGUCUUGUGCCCUUGACUACGAACUGAAUUGUAUUAAACACUACAAAGUCAUCUGAGUAUUUUAAUCAGUUUGUGUAGUUAGGUUUCCCAGCUCCUGAGGUUACCUAAUGUUUAAUAUUGUAGAGCUGUCCUCAAGUUUUUUGUCAAUUUUCAAGGCUAUGAAGAAAAGCAGAAGGACUCUUUUAAUUCUGUAUUUAUCACUUUCUGUAUAUAUAGUUUAAUAACCUGCUUGGGUGUACUUGCCAAGCUAGAAUUCUUUAAUGCAUUUGCAUAAAAUCUAUACUACUUAGAGCUUGAAAACUACAAAAGCAUUAAUAGGAAUUGCUUGGAUGCUAAAUUUUAAGCCUUUUUGACAUUGUUAGCAUGUUCAUGCUCCCCUGUCAUUAUCCUGAAGUCCAAGAGAGAUGCUUAAUGUAUAUUACUAGAGGCUACAUACGUGCUAUCUAUUUUAAUGCCAAAUGUUUGCUGUUUAUCCACAAUUUCCACAACACCUCUUCAGAAAUGGAUUAGCUGUUUGCCUUAACAAAUACUGUAGGUGAAAACAGAGUAAGGAUGAAAAGUAGAGGAGGAGUUGAUAAACUUAAAAUGGCACAUUUUAAAAGCGUUAAUCUUCUCAAUGUUUUUUUUUUUCUUGUUUACCACUUGAUUUCUAGGUAUAUUUUUCAUGCAAGGACAGUUUUUCAACCUAAAUGUAUAGUGGUCGUGUAAAGUUUUCUUUUAGUGACAACUUGUAAUCCUAAAUAUAUGGUAAGCAUCUUGUCUAUUGUGAAGAGGGUGUGAAAAUAAAAUCUGCCAGUUUGGAAAUCUUGAUGAAAAUUAAAA